UAACGCGUGUCGGUGUGACGCGGACUCCGGCGUGACGUCACCGGGAGCGGACGCGCGCUCGCGGACGGAGCGCGUCGCGCGGCAGAGCAUCGCGCGGGGCUUCGCGGUCCUGAGAGCCGCAGAUGAGCGGGAUCCUCUGAGUAACAUGGCUCUGCUGUGGAGGAGGGGCGUGUCCGUAUCCGAGCGCUCGGGGAACGGCUCUCUGGUUGGCAUGGCGCCAGGGCCCGGGGUCGUUACGGUGGCCCCUGGGGGUCACAACGGGUCGUGGGAGACGCCGGCGGUGGCCCCCGAGACGCCCAUCUUCCUCAUGACCCCCGCCGCUCAAACCAUCUCCGGGAUCUUCACCUGGACGGCUCUGCUGCUCACCUGCCAACAGAUCUACAUGCACUUGCGCUACUACAACACUCCCAACGAGCAGCGGCACAUCGUGCGCAUCCUCUUCAUCGUCCCCAUCUACGCCUUCGACUCGUGGCUCAGCCUGCUGUUCUUCACUAACGAGGAGUACUACGUUUACUUCGACACCGUCCGCGACUGCUACGAAGCGUUCGUCAUCUAUAACUUCUUGAGCUUGUGUUACGAGUAUCUGGGAGGAGAGAGCGCCAUCAUGGCCGAGAUCAGAGGAAAACCCAUCCAGUCCAGUUGUGUUUACGGCACUUGUUGUCUGUGGGGCAGAACGUACUCCAUUGGCUUUCUGCGCUUCUGCAAACAGGCGACGCUGCAGUUCUGUGUGGUGAAACCUCUGAUGGCCGUGAUCACCGUCAUCCUACAGGCCUUCGGGAAAUACAGAGACGGAGACUUCAAUGCGGCCAGUGGUUAUUUAUACGUGACCAUCAUCUAUAACGUCUCGGUCAGUCUCUCUCUCUACGCUCUCUUCCUCUUCUACUUCGCCACCCGGGAUCUUCUGGAGCCGUACGGCCCCAUGCUGAAGUUCCUCAUGGUCAAAUCCGUCAUCUUCCUCUCCUUCUGGCAGGGGAUGCUGCUGGCGAUCCUGGAGAAAUGCGGCGCGUUCGCCCGAGUCAGCUCUCCUGACGUCAGCGUGGGGGAGGGGACUGUUGCCGCCGGUUACCAGAACUUCAUCAUCUGCAUCGAGAUGUUCUUCGCCGCUCUGGCGCUCAGACACGCGUUCACCUACAAGGUCUACAUGGACAAGAGACUGGACGUUCAGGGUUGUGUUCCCAUCUAUGGCCAGUACGGUCGCUGUGCUCCCAUGAGCAUCUCCAGCAGUCUGAAGGAGACGAUGAAUCCGGGCGACAUGCUGCAGGACGCCAUCCAUAACUUCUCUCCGGCGUACCAGCAGUACACCCAGCAGAGCCGCUCGGAGCCGCUGAGCCGCUCCAACAGCUGCAGCAACGAGAAAACCCUGCUGCUCAGCUCCGACGACGAGUUCUGACGCCCGCUCGCUCACAAGCGCCGCGAGCCCUACAUAGACAGCACGUUUAGGCAGCAUGGGCGCUUCCAGGCAGAGUGCGGUUUAUCCAGCGCUUCUCAAACCUUUUAAAUAAAGCCACCACAAAUCAA